UGAUGUGAAAAUGAAAACGGAGAAUUCUGAUGUGAACUCAGCUGGGUCGCGCUUCGGAGAUCUAAAAGAGGAAGAGGAUAUAAAUCGUCUAAUUAAGGAUACUGAGAGUAAACAUACAAGAAAAAACUCCAAUUGGAGUAAGAAAACAUUUGAUGAGUGGCGAGAGUACAGAACAAGCCAGACAAACGUCCCUAUACCUGAGAUCGAAAAUUUUACAGAAAACGAUGUAAAUGUAUGGUUGAGCAGAUUUGUACUUGAAGCCAGACGCAAGGAUGGAGCACCGUACCCUCCUAACACGCUUUAUCAACUUUGUGCCGGACUGAUGAGAGUACAGAAAGAAAGCGGAACUUUUAUGAAUUUUCUAGAUGAAAAAAAUCCUGUUUUUUUUCCGUUUCGACGAAGUUUGAGUGCAAGAAUGGCUGAGUUAACAAAGCAGGGUGUUGGAACAGUAACACAUCAAGCGGACCCCAUAUCUCGUGACAAUGAGGAGGAACUCUGGUCAAAGGGAGUGUUUGGAUCAGGAACAGCAAAAUCACUUUUAUAUACAGUUUUCUUCUACAAUUGCAAACUGUUUGGGAUGAGGGGGACAGACGAACAUAGAAACUUAGAGCUGAAUCAAUUUCAACUGGACAAAGAGCCAAUGAGUCUUACAUUCUAUGGGAGAGCUAACAAAACCUACAAGGGUGGGCUGAAUCAGAGGCACAUUUCUCCAAAAACUAUUAAGCAUGUGUUUUCUGACCCCAAGCUUUUCCUUAUUUACGAGGAAUACAUUCAACUUGUUCGAAUGAUUUCUACUGAUGAGAAUGGUUCUGAACCAUUUUAUAGGCGUCCUCUGGAAAACAAGAAUAACUUAAAAACAUUUAGUAAGCAGUGUCUUGGUGUCAAUAAGUUAUCAAAGCUUAUGAAAAGUAUUUGUGAGGAAGGGGGACUCAAAGGCGCAUUCAGUAACCAUUCAGGGAAAAGAACCUGUGCAACGCAACUUUAUCAAGCUGGAAUUCAAGAGCAGGAAAUAAUGGGCCGUACUGGGCAUCGUAGUGUACAAAGCGUAAGAAAAUACAAGAGGCCUUCAGGAGAAAUGUUGGAAGAAAUUUCGAAUGUAUUGGAACCACCUGUGAAACGCGAGAAAGUUGAAAUGGAGGUGUCCGAAUCCACUGAGAGGAUGUGUUCUAAAUCUGGCUGCACUGGUGUUACUGCGUAUAACAAUUGUGUGUUUGAGUUCAAAUUUUGACAGUACAAUGCCGAAUUCCCGAG